GCCCAUGGAAUCCAACCCCAACUCCUCCGACCCUCAAAACCACCACCACCACUACCGCCACCACCACCUCCUCCUCCCCCGCCCGCAGCCCCGCGGCGGCGGCGCCAUGAAGAAGUCGUCGUCCCGGAACUCCGAGUCCUCCACCAUCCACGACUCCCCCAGCCUCUACCACUCCCCCCUCAGAUCCGACGAGUUCGGCGACCCCGCCGAAUCGCCGCCCUACUCCUCCCCGGCCGGGACCCUCGACAAGCCGCCGCCUCCGCCUCCGCCUCCGCCUCCCCGCGCCAACAACUCCAAGGCCAUCGUCGCCGUCGACAAGCUGCCCCGCUGCUCCCCGCUCCACUCCCGCCUCCCCCUGGCCCAGAAGCCCCUCGAGAGCUCGAACCGCAAGCCCCCGCCGCCGCCGCCGCUUCCGCGGGGGACGGCGGUGAGCAGGGCGGCGAAGGAGGAGGACGCGGCCCCCGAACAGCCGGCGGCGGCGGCGGCGAAGGGCGGCGGGAGGGGGGGCAGGGAGGAGGGGCGGUCGGCGGCGGUGUCGACGAUACUGAGGAGGUCGAGGAGCAGGGAGAUGGUGCAGCGGGCGGGGCUAGGGUUUAGGAUGAGCGAGAUGAUACUGUGCCUGAUUUCGUUCUCGGUCAUGGCUGCUGAUAAGACCCAGGGAUGGAGUGGCGAUUCGUUUGAUCGCUACAAGGAGUACAGGUUCUGUCUAUCCGUGAAUGUCAUUGGAUUUGCAUAUUCAGGGUUUCAAGCAUAUGAUCUGACUUACCAUUUCAUCACUGGGAAGCAUGUCAUCGGCCACCACCUCCGUUGUCAUUUCGAUUUCUUCAUGGAUCAGAUUCUGGCAUAUCUCUUGAUAGCAGCAUCAACCGCAGCAGCAACCCGAGUUGUUGACUGGGAAACAAACUGGGGCAAGGAUCAGUUUACGGAAAUGGCGAGCGCUUCAAUAGGGAUGGCCUUCCUGGCUUUUGUAUCCUUUGCCUUUAGUUCCCUUAUCUCUGGUUACGACAUGUGUACUCGUGAUUUUGCUUGAGGAUAAAUCUGUUUAGCCGGUAGAAUGUAGAAUGUCAGGAAGUCCUGGUUCUUCUCCGCUUACUUUGUUGCUUAAGUUGAACAGGGCGCCAGAUUCGUUCCCAAUAUUGUGGUUAAAUAAUCAGAUGAACGCAAAUGCAUGGGUAUGUCAUUUUGCACUACAA